AAUCAGAGGCAGCUCAGGUGGGGAAAGGCGCAGUGCGCCGAGGCGGGGAGUGGCGGCAGGGUAACACCUGGCGGAGGUGACUCGCUCUGAAGAGCGGCGGUUCCUUACUCCAAUCGGAACGCGCCGGGGUGGGGAGCUGGCCAAUCAGCCGUGGAGGGCGGGGCCAGGCGGGGCUCCAUCUGGCGGCUGGCUCUCAGUCCCAGCGCUGAAGUCUGCGGAGCUGUGUCUGUUCCCAGGAGCCCGUCGGCGGCUGUUGUACCGGGAGCCUGAUCGCGAUGGGGACAAAGGCGCAAGCCGACAGGAAACUGUUGCACCUCUUCAUAUUGGCGAUCCUGUUGUGCUCCCUGGCAUUGGGCAGUGUUACAGUGCACUCUUCUGAACCUGAAGUCAGAAUUCCUGAGAAUAAUCCUGUGAAGUUGUCCUGUGCCUACUCGGGCUUUUCUUCUCCCCGUGUGGAGUGGAAGUUUGACCAAGGAGACACCACCAAACUCGUUUGCUAUAAUAACAAGAUCACAGCUUCCUAUGAGGACCGAGUGACCUUCUUGCCAAGUGGUAUCACCUUCAAGUCCGUGACACGGGAGGACACCGGGACAUAUACUUGUAUGGUCUCUGAGGAAGGCGGCAACAACUAUGGGGAGGUCAAGGUCAAGCUCAUCGUGCUUGUGCCUCCAUCCAAGCCUACAGUUAGCAUCCCCUCCUCUGCCACCAUUGGGAACCGGGCAGUGCUGACAUGCUCAGAAAAAGAUGGUUCCCCACCUUCUGAAUACACCUGGUUCAAAGAUGGGAUUGUGAUGCCUACGAAUCCCAAGAGUACCCGUGCCUUCAGCAACUCUUCCUAUGUCCUGAAUCCCACAACAGGAGAGCUGGUCUUUGAUCCCCUGUCAGCCUCUGAUACUGGAGAAUAUAGCUGUGAAGCACGGAAUGGGUAUGGGACACCCAUGACAUCAAAUGCUGUGCGCAUGGAAGCAGUGGAGCGGAAUGUGGGGGUCAUCGUGGCAGCUGUCCUUGUAACCCUGAUUCUCCUGGGAAUCUUGAUUUUUGGCAUCUGGUUUGCCUAUAGCCGAGGUCACUUUGACAGAACAAAGAAAGGGACUUCGAGUAAGAAGGUGAUUUACAGCCAGCCUAGUGCUCGAAGUGAAGGGGAAUUCAAACAGACCUCGUCAUUCCUGGUGUGAGCCUGGUCGGGCUCACCGCCUGUCAUCUGCACUUGCCUCACUCAGGUGCUACCAGACUCUGGCCCCUGAUGUCUAUAGUUUCACAGGAUGCCUUAUUUGUCUUCUACACCCCACACGGCCCCCUACUUCUUCGGAUGUGUUUUUAAUAAUGUCAACUAUGUGCCCCUUCCUCCUUCAUUCUCUCCCUUCCUUUCCUACUUGUUUAAAGUGUUUAUUCCCCAUUUCUAUGAGGGAUCAGGCAGGAAUCCUGGGUAUGCCAUUGACUUCCCUUCUAAACAGACAGCAAAAAUGGUGGGGCUCCCAGGAAUCUGCACUCAACUGCCCACAUGGCCGGCAGAGAUCUUUAAAUAGGGAUCUUGAACUUGGUUCUGGGCUCUUUCCUUGUGUACUGAGGACCGGGGCCAGCUGUUCUAGAGUAGGGAUUAGAGGCUAGAGCAGCUGAAAUGGUUGUCUGGUGAUGACACUGGGGUCCUUCCAUCUCUGGGGCCCACUCUGUUCUGUCUUCCCAUGGGAAGUCCCUCUGCCCUGUCCUCCUCUUGAAUACAAGCCGACUGACAUUGACUGUGUCUGUGGAAAAUGGGAGCUCUUGUUGUGGAGAGCAUAGUAAAUUUUCAGAGAACGUGAAGUGAAAAAUAUUUAAAACCACUGCUCUAAAGAAAAGAAAACUGCAGGCUGGGCGUGGUGGCUCACGCCUAUAAUCCCAGAGGCCGAGGCAGGUGGAUCAUCUGAGGUCAGGAGUUCAAAAUCAGUCUGACCAACAUGGAGAAACCCUACUAAAAAUACAAAAUGAGCCAGGCAUGGUGGUACAUGCCUGUAAUCCCAGCUGCUCGUGAGCCUGGUAACAAAAGCGAAACUGUAUCUCAAAAAAAAAAAAAAAAAAAAAGGGAAAGAAAGAAUAGAAAAGAAAGCUGGAGCUGGUGGCUCAGGCCAUCACCCUUCCCUUGGCUGGAACUAUUGGACAGACCCUUUUGAGAUGUGCUCGUGGUGUUAUGGAGAUGUGUGUAGUGGUCUUAGCUCUUUGUUGAGCCUGUGUGUGUGUUGUGCGGUCUUAGCUGUAUGCUGAAAUUGGGCGUGUGUUGGAGGGCUUCUUAGCUCUUUGGUGAGAUUGUAUUUCUAUGUGUUUCUAUCAGCUGGAUGUUGCUGGAAAUAAAACCUUGGUUUGUCAAGGCUCUUUUUGUGGGAAGUAAGUAGGGGAAAAAGUCUUUGAGGGUUCCUGGGCUCCUUUGUACAACAGGAAAAUGCCUCAAAGCCUUGCUUCCCAGCAACCUGGGGCUGGUUCCUAGUGCCUGGUCCUGCCCCUUCCGGGUUCUUAUCUCAAGGCAGAGCUUCUGAAUUUCAGGCCCUCAUUCCAGAGCCCUCUUGUGGCCAGGCCUUCCUUUGCUGGAGGAAGGUACUCAGGGUGAAGCUGAUGCUGUACUUGGGGGAUCUACUUGGCCUGUUCCACCAAGUGAGAGGAGAAAGUACUUACUCUUGUACCUCCUGUCCAGCCAGGUACAUUAACAGACCUCCCUAUGGCUGUAGGAACUACUGUCCCAGAGCUGAGGUGGGGAGAUUUCUCAGGUCAUUUGGAGAACAAGUGCUUUAGUAGUAGUUUAAAGUAGUAACUGCUACUAUAUUUAGUGGGGUAGAGUUCAGAAGAAAUUUGAAGACCAGAUCAUGGGUGGUCUGCAUGUGAAUAAAUGCGAAUGGGCAGGACAGGCCUGGCUAUCAUUGCUUUCCUCCUCCCCAUUUGGACCCUUUGCCCUUACAUUUUUGUUUCUGCAUCUACCACCAUCCCACCAGUCUAUUAACUUAGCAAGAGGACAAAUAAAGGGCCCUCUUGGCUUGAUUUUGCUUCUUUCUUUCUGUGGAGGAUAUACUGAGUGCCACUUUGCCCUGUCCUAUUUGGAAAUCCUUAACAACUGAGUUUUCUAUUAAGGAUCCAACAAGAAAAACAAAAUGCUAAUGAAGCCAUCGGUUAAGGGUCACAUGCCAAUAAAAAAUAAAUUUUCCAGAAGAAAUGAAAUCCAACUAGACAAAGUAGAGCUUAUGAAAUGGUUCAGUAAGGAUGAGUUUUUUUUUUUUUUUUAAGAUGGAGUCUCACUCUGUCACCCAGGCUGGAGUGCAGUGGUGUGAUCACCCGUCUUCCAGGUUCAAGCCAUUCUCCUGCCUCAGUCUCCUGAGUAGCUGGGAUUACAGGUGCAUGCCACCAUGCCUGGCUAAUUUUUGUAUUUUUAGUAGAGACAGGGUUUCACCAUGUUGGUCCAGCUGGUCUCAAACUCCUGACCUCUUGAUCCACCUGCCUCGGCCUCCCAAAGUGGUGGGAUUACAGGUGUGAGCCACCGUGCAUAGCCAAGGAUGAGAUUUUUAAAGUAUAUUUCAGUUCUGUGUCAUGGUUGGAAGAGACAGUAGAAGGGAUAUGGAAAAGGUCAUGGGGAAGCAGAGAUGAUUCAUGGCUCUGUGAAUUUGAGGUGAAUGGUUCCUUGUUGUCUAGGUCACUUGUGAAGAAUGUGAGUCAGUUAUUACCAGCCUUGGAAUUUACUUCUAUAGCUUACAACAGACCUUUUGAACUGGAAAACACCUUGUCUGCAUUCACUUUAAAAUGUCAAAACUAAUUUUUGUAAUAAAUGUUUAUUUUUCACAUUGAGUUUGUUUAAAUCCUGAAGUUCUUACCUUAAGAGAAUUGGGACUCCUAGAGUGAUUGGACAUUCGAAAUAUUCCUGAUAGUCUUGUUAAUGAAGAGAUUAGGAUAUCUUUCCAUUACCUUGAUAAUUACAUUUUAAUUUAGCUUUUUUCAUUGGCCUGUGUUUGAAUGCGAAUAACCCCAAAAUGGACAUUUCCUAUGUUAAAGUGACAUUUAGGAGAUAGAAAAUGAGAGCAGUUCCAUGGAUUUUGGUGUUUCCCCUGAGACAUGAACUCAGCAUACUCUGGGAUAAAAUGAUUGAGUGUUAAGGAUGUGUUUGUUGUUCCUGUCGUUUUUAAAUUUUCUUCAGAGUAUACAACAUGGUUUGAUAUGCAUAUACAUUUGUGUAAUGAUUGCCAUGGUCAAUUAACACAUACAUCACCUCCCAUGUUUUUUUUUGUUUGUUUGUUUUGGUUUUGUUUUUGUUUUCGUGACGGAGUCUUGCUCUGUUGCCAGGCUGGAGUGCAAUGGUGUGACCUUGGCUCACUGCAACUUCCACCUCCUGGGUUCAAGCAGUUCUCUUGCCUCAGCCACCCGAGUAGCUGGGAGUACAGGCAUGCGCCACCAUGCCCAGCUAGUUUUUGUAUUUUUAGUAGAGACGGGGUUUCACUGUGUUGGCCAGGAUGAUCUCGAUCUCUUGACCUCGUGAUCUGCCCGCCUCGGCCUCCCAAAGUGCUGGGAUUACAGGCAUGAGUCACUGCACCCAGCCACAUCACCUCCCAUGUUCUAUCUUACAUAUUCAGAACUUGUUCAUCUUGUAACUGAAAGCGUGUACCCUUUGACCAACAUUGUUUUUCCUGUCUUAACAGGAUCUACAGAUCAAGGACAGGGAUAGGGGAGGGGAUAGUGGAGGAAAAUGGAGUUAGUCUGUUUCUGAAUGAGGGGACAGUAUGUUUCUUGGUACAUGAAGACAGCUUAAUAAGGUAGACAAAUGAAGAAAAACAA